UUCAUGUGUAAUAAUAUUACUACUGGCAACCCCGGGUGUCGUUGUGUUAUGGAAGAUGUCACUCACUAGAGCUCUGGUUACAAGCGCAUUCAAAACAAGACCGUGGAAAAUCAUAAAUGUGUCUUCAGCAAGACUGAGAGCUUUGCAGACAUGUCAUGAGUCCCCCCUUGUCUCCUCCACACUGUGUUAUAGCAGCAGCUCAUCGCAGGGACAGCAGCUCUUCUCCAGUCCCACUGACCAUAAAGUACAUCUUAGUGAUGCAUGUGUCAAGAGGCUGAGUGAAAUCAUGCAGAAGGGAGAAUAUCUGAGGAUACAGGUGGAGGGUGGAGGCUGCUCUGGGUUCCAGUACAAGUUUUCUGUGGACAUGGUCAAAAAUGAUGACGACAGGGUUUUUGAACAGGACGGUGUGGCCGUGAUUGUAGACGAAGACAGUAUGGAGUUUGUAAAAGGAGCAACGAUCGACUUCAGUCAGGAGCUCAUCCGCUCCUCCUUCCAGGUGCUCAGGAACCCGCAGGCAGAACAUGGCUGCUCUUGUGGCAGCUCUUUCUCUGUCAAAGCCUGAAACAUAUUUGUGCACCAUAGACAUGUACAGCAGUGUCUUUCAGUCCCAGUUCCUCAUUUUUUGGUCUUGAUCUUGUGCUAGAGGAAGUUAGAGGAGCCAAAUCAGGUUUUUAUAGCACACGUGGAGUUGAGAACAAGAAGUGUUUUUUGUUUAUGUUUAUGCACACGCAAACACAGCAAUAGAACCAAAGCAGUUUGAAAAGUUGCUGUAUUACAGUAUGAUUUGAAGCUGUAGUCAUUUAAUAUGCCUGGACUGUUUUUGAGCUCACGAAAAUAUCUUUGCAUGCAGGUUGUACAUACAGAUUGUAAAUAGGAUAUAAUAAAAUAAAUAUAUUACCUGA